AUGCAACCCUUAUUAUGGCCUGUUUGGGUCUCGCGUUGCGAUUACAAAGAGCCCAAGGAUGACCAGGAAAAACAUGGUGAUGUGGUGGACUCGAUGGAAGAUGAAGCAGAGCAUCCUUCAGAAGGAAGAGAAGCUGGACUGCCUAAUCUGAAGCUGCGUUCAGAAGGAUCUGGCCGUUGCCAGAUCUGGAGCAUUUCACCCUCGGGCAGGAUCGUACCUCGCGCAUUUUCUACUCAACUUGCACUCGGACUGCCGCCAAGUCAGAGACCGGGACUGGUAAAGGCUCGUCUAGCCUGUCGGUCAAGUCGUGUUGGACAGAAAAAGUUUGUCAAGCAUUCAAGUACCAGUCGGACUUCAGAGAGUCAACCGAAUGACGAUUCGGAUCAUCAGGCAUCGAGUGAGGUGGCGAUGGGCUAUCGGGUUGGUCUGGUACCAAAAGACGAUGGUGACUCGUUUCAGUUCUGGCAGUUUCGAACGGAUGGUCGCUUGCACAACAAAGUAGACCAAACUGCAUAA